GUUUCAUCAAAGGAUAGCAUAAUAUCUGAUGUGUCUUAGACCAAUAUUUUUGCACUGUGUUUAGUUAAAUGGUAUUUCGAUAAGUCUUCACAUCAGGAAAAGCGCGGUCUGGUCUUCUGUCACGCUCAGUUGUUUGUUAUGAGUAAUUUUGUAGAAGAUUCUGAAAUCGAGACUAAUUAUACUGAAAUAGUCGAUGGCUUCGAGAAGUUGGAGUUAAAACCAGAACUUCUUCGUGGUAUAUAUGGUUAUGGUUAUGAAAAGCCAUCGGCCAUUCAACAGCGAGCUAUUAAGCCAUCUAUCGAGGGUCGUGAUGUUAUCGCUCAAGCUCAGUCCGGUACAGGGAAAACGGCAACAUUUGCCAUCAGCAUUUUACAAAGGAUAGAUAUUACAUCAAACACUUGUCAAGCCCUCGUCCUCGUACCAACCAGGGAACUUGCAAGACAAAUCCAAACGGUUAUGCAACGCAUUGGUUCCUAUCUAACCGUCAAAUGCCAUACAUGUAUCGGGGGGACAAGGACCUCUCAUGAUAUGGCGUGCCUCCAACAGGGUCAGCAUGUUGUUGUGGGUACUCCUGGUCGUGUUUUUGAUAUGAUGAAUCGUAAUACUCUGGCAACCGCUAAUAUCAAGGUUUUCGUGUUGGAUGAAGCUGAUCAAAUGCUUGAUCGUGGUUUUGAACCCCAAAUUAAAGAAAUAUAUAGAUUUUUACCUGACACUUCUCAAAUCAUGUUACUGUCUGCGACUAUGCCGAAACCAAUGCUUUCUAUUGCACGGAGUAUAAUGCAUGAUCCUGUUCAAAUACUGAUUAAGAAAGAAGAAUUAACAUUGGAUGGGAUCAAACAGUUUUAUAUCAAUGUGUGCAGAGAAGAAUACAAAUUAGAGACCUUAAUGGACUUAUAUGGAAUAAUGAAUUUAAGUCAAGUCGUUAUUUUCGUUAACUCUGUAAACAAGUCCACACAUAUUUGUAAUGAGCUUAGGCUCAAAAAGUUCCAAGUUUCGUGCAUUCAUAGUGAUAUGGAUCAAGAAAAACGUGAUGCAGUUAUGGAGGAAUUCCGUAGUGGAAGAUCACGAAUUUUGCUAUCCACUGAUAUUCUGGCGCGUGGUAUUGAUGUACAGCAAGUCUCUCUAGUCGUUAACUAUGACUUACCUAGUAAUCGUGAGACAUAUAUUCACAGAAUCGGGAGAGGAGGUCGUUUUGGAAGAAAAGGUACAGCCAUCAACUUCAUCACUGAUUCAGAAAUAGAAGCUCUGAGUGACUUGCAGCAAUAUUUCAACACAGAAAUUCUUGAGAUGCCUGAUGACAUUGUUGAUUUUCUGUAACCUAAAUUUGAGCCCACUUAUACAUUUAAUAUUUGUUCCUAGCUGAGUAACUUUCAGUCUUUAUUGUUGGUUAUCUGGUCACUAAUUUUCGAGUUUUAUUUUUCCAUCUAACACCGCCCUUGUCAUCACAUCUUUGGGUGUUACUACUUCUGAUUCUUCAAUUUGUUCACUGCGGUGCUUAAUUGGGAAAUAAAUUAGAAUUCGCGCAUUUUG